UAAAAAUGAAUGAGAGAGAAAAAAUAAACAUGAAUAGUAAGGGGAGGGUUUAAGAAAAAACAGAGGCAGAGGAGGUUUGUUUGGUUUGGCUCCUAUUUCGUUAUCUCCUUCUCUUCUUCUUCUUCUUCAAUAGAGAUAAUGAUGGCGAUGUUUCACCACUAUUCCAUGCCCCUCGCACGUGCGGUGCUCCCAUCUUCUCGCACACGUGCCGUUUCUGCUAUGUCCUUAGCAACUUCUUCUUCCCCUCGCACAAUUCCUCAGUCUCAGGUUCUCCUUGGCUUAUCCGAGGAUGAACUCCAAAAACUUGCCCUUGACUUUGGUCAGCAAGGUUUUAGGGGGAAGCAACUUUAUCAUCUUAUAUACAAGAGAAAGGUUAAAGAUAUUCAAGAGUUUACUCAAGUGCCUCAGGCAUUUAGGAAUGAGCUUGAGGAAGCUGGAUGGAAGGUUGGAAGGUCUCCAGUUUUCAACACUGUCGUUGCAGCUGACGGAACUGUUAAGUUGCUGUUAAAGUUGGAGGACAACAGAUUGAUUGAAACUGUUGGUAUUCCAGUUGAAGAUGAUAAGGGUUCAGUUCGCCUGACAGCAUGUGUCUCAUCACAGGUAGGUUGCCCUUUACGAUGCUCAUUUUGUGCCACUGGAAAAGGAGGCUUUUCAAGGAAUCUUCGGAGCCAUGAAAUUGUUGAGCAGGUCUUGGCCAUUGAGGACGUCUUCAAGCGCAGGGUGACCAAUGUAGUCUUUAUGGGAAUGGGUGAACCAAUGCUAAACCUGAAGGCAGUACUUGAGGCACACCGUUGUUUGAAUAAGGAUGUACAAAUUGGGCAAAGAAUGAUGACUAUAUCAACUGUGGGGGUUCCAAAUACAAUAAAGAAGCUAGCUACUCACAAACUUCAAUCCACUUUAGCUGUGAGCCUACAUGCUCCUAACCAGAAACUAAGGGAGACAAUUGUUCCAAGUGCGAAGUCCUAUCCAUUGGAUGCACUUAUGAGCGACUGCAAGGAAUACUUCCGCGAAACAAAUAGACGUGUUUCCUUUGAAUAUGCACUUUUAGCUGGAAUCAAUGACUCGGUAGACAAUGCAGUAGAACUCGCUAAACUACUUCGUGAAUAUGGCAGUGGUUAUCAUGUCAACCUGAUACCUUUCAAUCCAAUAGAAGGCUCCGAGUUUCGCCGUCCUUAUAGGAAAGCAAUACAAGCAUUUGUCAGUGCUUUGGAGUCAUCUAAAAUAACCACUAGUGUACGCCAAACCAGAGGACUGGACGCAAAUGCAGCUUGUGGUCAGCUACGGAACAAUUUCACGAAAACUCCUUUGGUCACAGAAUCUGACAAUCUUGAAUCCGAGUCGCCAAAUAUGGAUCUAGCAGUUACAGUUUGAUUGCACGGUGUCAGUUUCAUUGCUGCUAUUGUUAUCAAUAUAUUCUACAUAUAUAUGGCAUAUCCUAACAAAGUUUGGACUAAACAAUGAAAGGUUUGAUGAACCAAGGAUGAGUAUAAUCUCAAUUGCCGGUAAUUAUGAAGCAAUAGAGGUGUUUGCUGUUACUACUGCCUGAGUUGUAGAGUCUAAUUUCUUGCUAUCAGAGAAAUAUGGAGAGAUAUCUAUCUAGUUGUUGGCAAUAUUGCUGAGGUAUGCAGGCUUGGGAACUUAGAAGUCUUUAGAUACUUCGACAUCUAAGAGAAAUUUCGUAAGAAACAAUCUACUAGUAAAUUAGUUACUACAACCAGAGAAUAUUGUUGGCAAUAAGUGAUUAGGAUUUAGGAGUUCACAGGGUUCACGUCGAAGAUAAUUUUUAUGUACCAGACACCCUAUUGCAUGAUAUAUUUAUUUAUGUAGCAACUGUUGAUCCUUCUUGUAAAAAUCUGACCAUUAAAACUGAUAUUUUUCUAUUAAUUCAUUGUUUUGUUGUUAAAA